GAUCUGCCGAGCCCGGACCCAAAAAUGAGCGGGCGCUGCUCGCAUUGCAGCCACAACAGCCACAACUCCAAGACAUGCCCCAACUGCGGGGUCAAGCUCGUCGGGGUGCGCUUGAUAGACGGGUUGAUCCCGAAGAGCGCCAGUAUGCUGGGUCAAAUUCCAGUGCGCAUAACUCAAACGGGUCAGGUUCGCCUGGGGAGGAACAUGAUCAUGCCGACAGUUAUGCCUCUGAGGAUUUUGUUCUAGGGUUGUCUUCUAGCCGGGAGAGAAAGAAAGAUGUCAUUGCAAUUCAUAGAUCUCCACAGCUUCUAUGAAUGUUCGUGCGCUUUUCUUUAUGCAUGUUUGAAAAAAACCCAGAUCUGGGUUUGAGAAAAACCCAGUUCUCAAACCCAAAUCUGGGUGUCUCCCAACUUAGAUAAUUAAGCAGAAGCAGAUUC